CCUCUUUGUCUCUCUUUGUCGGCCUCCUGUCUCCAUCCCUCCCCACCAGGGAGUUUGCUCUGCUCCUUAGCUGGUCCCCGUGAUGGGAUGUUUCCUGUGGUCACUCCUCGGGGAUUUGUAGCUCUCUGAAGCUCUGUUUUCCAGCCUGAUGCCUCAGUUCCACUCCUGGGACCCAGAGGAGACGUUGUUAUUUGCUAGUGUCAUCAGUGGUGUGACCUCAGGCGGCGAGAACAACUCCCUGACCUCGUGGCUCCUAGAUGCCACCCCCAGUGACCCUCAUUGCCAUUCAGCGGUCGUAAACACCGCUCAGCACCUGGUGUGGGUGAGACCCUUUGCUCAUGCAGCAAUGAAUCAGGCCCAGUGCCUGCUCGGUGAGCUCACCAUGAGCAGGUGAGGGCAAAAGAAAACAGGUACACAAAAGACUCAGUGUAGCUGGGAGUGAGUGCUCGGGAAGGCUCUGUGUGGGACGGAACAGGUGGAAACCGAAUCUGGCUGGGCCUGGGAAGGCUCUGUGAAGGGGAGAAGGGAUCUUGGCAGAGGAGAUGUGAUGUGGGUGUGUGUGGGGGCAUAUUCUGAGCCAAGUGAUGUCAUCAGCCAAGGGUCUGGGUCACGGCAGCUGUGUCCAGCCCUGUACGUGCUCAGUGAGCAAGGCAGUCGGGCAUCAUCAGGCAGGUGGGAAAGCAGGGGGGACCGGAGUGCGGAGCACCUUGCUGCUGGCCCUAUGGAAGAGCCGGUGCAGUUUGAGUAGGGAGGGACCCUCUGAAGCCCCCGUGAAAUGGAACAGUGGCUGUGCACCACGUCCCAUUUGCCCUCACCCUAACUCACUUCAUCUCCUGCUCCCCUUGGCCCCUAAGUCUCACAGUGGCCCCCCGGGAGGACCAGCCGGCUCGGGGUCUGACCUCUGUGCUCUUGGUCUGCUCAGGCUGUGUGCUGCCAUCACCCACGUCUAGACCUGGGUCCUUCAGUGGAGGGUCUCCAUGCCAGGACUUUGGCCCGGGUUUUCCGGUGGCUGCUGGGGGAGUAGGGCGUGCCGCUGAGUCACUGCCUCCUGGGCAUCUGGGUCUGGAACCUCGGGUCCAAGAUGUCCAGUCCCCUGGAGCAGGCGCUGGAGGUGAUGGUCACUACCUUCCACAAGUACUCUGGCCAAGAGGGCGACAAGUUCAAGCUGAGUAAAGGGGAGAUGAAGGAGCUUCUGCAGAAGGAGCUGCCCAGCUUUGUAGGGGAGAAGGUGGAUGAGGAGGGGCUGAAGAAGCUAAUGGGCAACCUGGAUGAGAACAGCGACCAGCAGGUGGACUUCCAGGAGUAUGCCGUUUUCCUGGCCCUCGUUUCCAUCAUGUGCAAUGACUUCUUCCAGGGCUACCCAGACCGGCCCUGAGGACCCACUCUGGACUUGGGCCACCAGUCUCUUGGGUUCAGGAGGACUCUCCGUCCCUUUUAAUUUUGUACUCAAUAAAGAUUUUUAUUUGUUGGUAA